AUGCCAUGGCGCAGGUCCCUCAAACUGAGGUCUCGAGGUUUCGUCCUUAUUUUGAUCCUUGGCUGGGCCUCCUGUAGGCUUUGUCUACCGGCCUUGUCUGCCUUCGCGUACAAUUCCACCUGGCCGAAGCUCCCACGCACAAGUCGGGCGGCACGAGCAGAGGCCCAAGACGUGAUGAAGGAGACGCUUCUAGCAGCGCCCCUAUCGGAGAACUCCACAUCUGCCACCGGCAGCAUUCCCGAAGGCUCCCCGGACUUUUGGCAACUCACCGAAAGUGAGAGAAGCAUUGGUGGCCGGAGGUCAACGGUCACCAGGUCGGUCGCCGUUCUUCUGCUGGGCGUUGUGACCGUAUUGUGGGGUUCACAGCAUUCCAUCAUCAAGUAUACCCUGCAGCAGGGCGCGAACGAUAGCCUGCAGGCAGCAUGCUUAAAUCUGGUCCGUUUUGGCUUGGCUGGGCUUUGCUUCUCACCUUGGUUGCCGGUUUUUCAGCCAGAGCGGCAAGGAGUGCGGGCUCGGCUCGAGUGGCGAGCUGGGGCAGAGCUCGGCUUUUGGCUCUUCCUGGGAUUUUGCUUACAAGCUGCGGGGCUUCUGUACACGACUGCUCAGAGGAGCGGCCUCUUGCUUUACCUCAAUGUGAAGCUCGUCCCUUUCUUUGCUUGGUCCAUCUUCGGCAGGGCGGUUCCCCUCUCAGCCUGGCUUUCUGCAUUGGCCGCCUUCCUGGGAACCUUGCUGGUUGCCAUGGAUGAUGCUGCCGGGGUCGACCCUAACAUUGGAGAUCUGCUGAGCUUGCUCGCGGCUGCAGCUUCUGCAAUGUUCAUCCUGCGGCUGGAAACUUUUGCGCCGGUCACGGAUGACAAAGCCAUCAAUGCUGUAAGCACACUGUCUGUUGCGUUGCUCUGCGUGCCAUGGGCGCUUGUGGUCGCUUGCUCAAGCGCGCCCACGGAGGUGCUGGAAGGGGGCGUGGAGGGCCUUGCGGCCACGUCAGUGGCCAACGUGGCAGGGCGCUGUCUGGAUCUGGUCCUCAACCAGCCGUUGUCAGUGCUCUACCUCGGCAUCCUCACGACGGCAUUCACCAACUGGCUCCAGACGAUAGGUCAGCAAAGCGUGCCAGCCACAACAGCCUCUGCCAUUUAUGCGCUGGAUCCGCUCUGGGGCGCUUUCUUCGCAUACCUCUUCCUUGGUGAAGCUCUUGGGCCACAGGGCCUCCUUGGCUGCCUACUGCUCUUCGCGGUCUGGCUCUACCAACUGGCCUCUACACAGAUCACCGAGGAAUCUGAGCCCGGCGCGUAG